GGACGGAUGACCAUCAAUGACACCAGAUUGCUCUGAGCUGACUAGAGCCACUCUUUUGGGGAAUCACUCACGACUCACAAGACAAACAACAAGCCUCACGUUACAGGCGGGCCCCCAAGUCUUCCGAGAUAUAUGCAGCGAAGGCUCCGGGUCGCCAGCGAGUGGGGCACUAUGCGAGUUUGUCUGUGGAACCUCAUUGUGAAUUGGGCAGAUCUGAAGUGGGGAAGGGUGCGUUAUAAGUUUAAAGUUCCAAGGAAAAUCAGCUAGUUGAGCGGUGCACCGUCAUGGACAGCAGAAUUUAAUUUUUAC